AUGAGCGCCAAACAGGGCCAAUAUCAUCGUCUACCGUUGCACGAUCUUCCGACGCUCUCCUCGCCCGUCACCACUAAUGGAACUUAUCGUUUAAGCUAUUGCCCUAAUUCUCCAUUGCAGUGCUGGUCGGAAGCUCCGAGCUCGUAUUCUUUUGUCAUUCCACGAGAUACGCACAAUUCAGAAGCUCAUAGGAAUACGACGCACGCUCAGAAAAACGAAUCUAUACGUAACUCAGGUGUUGGUGGGGUUUGCCUGAUGAGUACCAAAUGGAGAGACGAACAACAUUCAUCCUUCAUAAACUUUAUAUCCUGCUUCCUCACUUCAAAUUCCUUUCGGUUAAACUUUGUGCCAAUUGCACCUGAUCUCAUCUUUAACUGUGGGGGUUUAUCGCUGGCUUUCAUUUUUGUCAUAAAUUCCGACUGCAACAACCCUGGACCUAUGUUUAGCAGAGCUCAGAAACUGAAGACUCAAUUUGCACAUCUCUAUGUGGUCGUCAUUCUUCCCUCAAAGGAGCAGAACGAUUCUUUUGUACAUUCUUAUUUUAGUCACAGUAAGGAUAUCGGUAGACCAACAUUUGUUCCAGCUCUGGAUCUAGAAAUGGGCUUUGAGAACAUUGUAAGAAUAGCACAUGCUCGUGGUGUGUGCAAGAGGCACGAUGCAGUUUCCAAAUUGAAAGCUGAGAGGGAGAGGUCAGUCCAAGGGAUGAAUGCAUUCCUCAGAGUUGUCUCCUCAAUCCCCACGUGCUGAACCUCAUGAUGCUAAUGCGCUUCAAAGCAUAGGAUCAAUCGAAGCAAUAGCUAAAGCAUCAAAGGAAAACAUUCUGGAAAACACUGACAUUUCACCAGAAAAAGCUGAGAUGAUUUCAAGAUUUUUCAGAGACUGCAAAUUCAACAUGAGCCCCAGAAUUAGUUGACUUGACGCACACAGUGUGAGCUUUUACACUUUCUAUAUUAAAUAGCAACCAACUUUUCAAAAUGAUUUGAAGACGUUUGAUUGGUGUUUUUUGUAAUACAAAAAUAGUUUUUAAUGCAUUAAAUGGUAACCAGUUUUCCAACAUGUCAACUUCAUUUUAGUGGGUG